AUGGGCCAACAGGCUUCUACUCCCCAACAGGGAACAAAAAUCCAAGUCAUCGGGGCUGGUCUCUCUCGGACGGGGACGGCAUCCUUUAGCAGCGCUCUUAAUAUCCUUCUGGAAGGACCGGUCUAUCAUGGUGGGACACAGGUGACGAUGGGGCCGCCAAAGGAAAUCAAGUCAUGGAUCAAAAUCAUGCGGAACUGCAUGACAGGAGUGCCACAGGACCGAGAGAAAGCGCUCACUCUUCUGGAGGAGACAUUAGACGGAUAUGCUGCUAUCACCGAUGUGCCCGGCUCACAACUUGUCCCAGAACUUCUUGAACUGUACCCUGAUGCCAUGGUCAUCUGUACCGUUCGAGACCCGGAAGCCUGGUUCAAGAGUUAUAUGCAGGUCCGCGACCUGGCGACGUUAUGGUUCCUUCCAGCCGUCCUCCUACCGCUUCCUGGGAUGAGACAUUUCGUUGAGUGGAUUUCCUUAUUUCCAAAACAGCGACGUCGGUUAUACGGGGAGCCAGAAUCGAUGGCGGAUAUUUAUCACCGUCAUAUUGCCUGGUUAAAGGAAGUUGUGCCCCAGGAUCGUCUGGUGUUUUUUGAUGUGAGGGAGGGUUGGGAGCCGCUGUGCAAGGUACUUGGCAAGGAUGUGCCAAAGGACAUCGCAUUCCCGCGCAUCAAUGAUGGCAAAGCCAUGGAUGCGGUGGCGAGAUCUCAUAUCAAGCGUGGCCUUACUCGAUGGGCUGCUUUCCUUUCGGUGGUUGGUGUUAUCACUGCAUGGUCCGUUCUACGUUGA